AUGGCACUAUCAGCCUUUAGUAAUCGAUCACUUCUCAAGUGUGCAGCAACCCUUUCGGGACGAGAUACUCAGUCAGAAAUGGAGACAGAAACAUCGUGUGAAGCGCAAGCAUUAACACUGGAAUGUUCACAACACAGACCAAGACUGUAUUACACUUAUUACUAAGGCUCUUCGAUACUCAAGAUCUCGCUGAAAAGAGCAGAUAGUAAGGCAAGGUAAGUUGUCCUGGCUCGCCUUUUCUCUAACUUUUUAAGCUUAAUUCCAACUUGUUUAUGACGAGUUCGAAUGACUGUCUCAAGUACUCAGUAACUAACAUUUCAGUGAGCAAUGAAACCAGCAUUAACCGUUUAAAGUAAAUUAUAACUAAACAUGUGUAUUUAUUUGGCAUAACCUUUCAAUACUAAACAAGCAACGAGACCAUGACGUUGAAGAUGAUAAUGUAAAAUCAUGUAAGGACUUUGGGGGUCUGAAGGAGUAGAAUUUCCUUGUUUUGUACUGGAAAAUAGGAGUUUGGUCACUGGUACUGGGAAUUACUAAAAGAAAAUAAUGGAAUUGAGAAAGGACAUCUGUAUAAAGUAAGCUUACAUGUAAUGUGAUACAAACAUUCUUAUGAAAAUUUUCACAGACUAUAGAAGAACUAAUAAACAGAAUAGAAAAGUGUUAACAAGUGUUGAAUUUGCAAGUAGGCAAAGAUAAUCUACGUAGUCUGGUUCUAUAUUUUCAUGCGUCAGUCAAUAACAAACCCAAGCUUCCCAAUUCCCCGGGCAGUCAUAGCGUCAUAAUUGGUGAAUAAUUUAACAGCAUGCAUGUAUUUUUUGAAGCAGGUACAAAAGUUUAUUUUUGAUUUUAAAUUACGUGGGUUUUAACUUAAAUGAACAGAGAAUGAAUAGACAUUUUCAUGAGUCUUUCAAUGCAUAGCUAAUGCAGACCAUGAUUGAAUUAGAAUGUAUUUUCAUGUAAGUGCCAACAUAGUUGUUAACAUCUUCACAGUUUCAUACCUUCAUCUGCAGUUCAAAGUAUGAUUCAUUUCAUAUAUUACCAUUAAUUUUAAUCUUCAUUGUGCACUGCUCCUAUGAAAUUAUAUUGUGGUUCUUGAGAGGAUACAGUGCAGCACAUACUGUCAGGAAAUUGAAUGCCUUACUUUUUGGGAAGCAAAGCACACAGUCAUGUUAGAAACCAGAAAUUGUUCUAUUUGCACCAUAGUUGUAUCGUCAGUAAAUCUAGGUUUAAAGGAAAAUAAAAUUUAAAGAAACAAGUUGUGAAAGAUAAGACUCUUAAGAGAGUCAUAGCAGUCAUAGCUGUUUUGGAUUCUCUUGUCUACAUACACCAUUAUUAAUCUGCAAAUACAACUGUCUCUCUUGUGAAAUGUCCCUGGUGGCAAGGAAAGAAAAUAGGCUGCUUUAUUUACAGGGUACACUGUACAUUAUUAUUAGGAGGCAUUGUUUUCAAGAUUGAGGAUAAGGGCUUUAAAUAGCAAAGUGGCUUCACUCCUGUUACAUUAACUAGGAACCUUGAAUGUUUCAUAUUAAAAAGGAAAAAAAAAUAUAUUAGGUAAAGUUUCAGGAAAAUUUAAAACUUUUGGGAAUAAGGUGCUUAUAUGUUUCUAUAUUUUCCCUGAAAGUCUUUGGUGGAGCUCAUGAGAAGGCUAGGAAUGUUUAUUGAUUUGGAACUUUAGUCCGGGACAGAUAGAAAUUUAGUUCGAACAUGUAAACCUUUGAUAUGACUUGUCCGUGGGACAAGCACAUUUUUAAUUAGAAAAAUAAAGAUAAGAAACAGUUGCCUUAAAUAUUCCAUUUAACUUUGCCAUUCCACUGCCAGUUGUUUCAUCCAUUUGCUUUUUUACAAGCUCUGUUGUAGGUUUAAUUCAAAAAUAAUAUACAAGGGUAAUAAUGUGAUUAAAUAAUGUGAUUAAAAACAUUAAAUGCCCGUUGCAAGCUAAACUUUUUGGACAAGAACUCUAGGUUUCGGACAACCAAAUUUAAUGUAUUGCUCGUGUGAAGGACAAGUGGAUAGGAAAAUUUCUCUCUUACCAGGGUGCAAAGAAAGUGAUUUUUAAAGCUUGCCAUUCGGGCAAGCUGAAGCUAGCAUAUACUAGCCCAAAUGUCAUUUCAACUAGCCCCCAAACCGUUUUGAUGAGCAGAAUUGAUUUCACAGUUCUUCUUUAAUUUGAAUUCCUCAAAAAAACUUCACUUGCCCAUCGAGCAAGUUAAGUUCAAAAUUCACUAGCUCGAUAGCAAAAUCCACUAGCCCCGGGCUAUCGGACACUACUUUCUUUGCGCACUGCUUACUCUCUAAUAAUAAUAAUAAUGUACAUCCAGUGGUUUUUCAUAGCACUUUACAACGAUAUUAAUGGAUGAUACUUUUAUAAAAAUGCAUACAUUAAAAUAAAAAAAGAUAUACAUUGUAAAACAUUGAACUCUAAUAAUAUAAUAAACCAUUGUUAAUAAAUUUAACAUAUAUAUAUGCUUCAGUCUCCCCGACUAGUAAGGCACUGUGCCUGAGUUAUAAGACAUGAGACUUAAAUAAAGUUCAUUACUAUUAUUAUUAUUAUUAUUAUUAUUAUUAUUAUUAUUAUUAUUAUUAUUAUUAUUAUUAUUAUUAUUAUUAUUAUAGGGUUUCCAUGUAGCAUUUUACCCUGAUUUUCACUCAACUGCAAGUAGGGUUCUAAAUGUAAAUAUUAUUGCCUUUAAGGAAAGCCUUUAACUCAUACUAGUCAAACAUUUUGAAUCUUUAACAGUCAGAUGAAUCUUAUUCAGUUGUGUGAAUUUGUGGACAUUGAAAUCAUUUGCUACUCAGGUUUUGCACUGUUAUUAGACCACUUGUGGAAAAUGCCUUAUCAUUUUUUUUCAAAUUUUUAGUCUUGGUUUGUGAAAAGAGGCAUUUGGGGAACCCUGUGUCAAGUAAAAUUGUGCUGAUUGUAGUAAUUUGGCCAUGAGUGUAGGAAAAAAUAUUAUUAAUUAGUAAUAGCAGGCGGUGUCCUCUGGCAACUUAGGGGGUGUUUACAUGACACCGGGGCAACUUUUGCCCCGGAGCGAGUUCACUCCGGUUCCCUCUCAUAGCUCUAUAAUUGUUUACAUGAUACCACCACAAAAUGUCAUGUAGGCGCGAGUCACCUCAGCGUGAGUUCACCCCGGUUCUUGUACCGGGGCGAGAAUUUCACUCUGGUACAAAAUCUCAUGGCAGUAUCAUGUAAAUGUGAAACGACCACCCGUUUCGGCAUGAAAUCGGUCUGCCGGUAGACUGGAAUGGGUAGCGCACGCGUAAUGUUUGCGAUUUUGAAUCACGCUUGUAUUUUAUCAACAUGAAGUGUACCUUCAAAUAACGAGAUAUGAAAUGACUCAGUCAUAAUGUAAACCCGAUACAAAAUCAAAAAGUCAUCCCGGUAUGAGACUCGCGCCGGUGUGAGUUUUCUCCUGUAAACACCCCCUUACUGUACAUGUACUUGUGCCUUUAGUGCACGAUUAAGUGUAUUAUCACUAGCCUACAAAUAAUCUGUGUAGUUUACUCAAAUAAUACUUGCUUUCUAUUUAUUCAGCAGAUCAGCCUGGUAUGGGAUGUUGGUGACAGAAAGUCCUCUCAAAGCAAACAGGAUUAAUACAUGUUAAUUACAAGCCUUAGUCUUGUAAAGUGGUUCCAGGGCUGUCACUAAGGGCCGUAAACCAGACUUUAAAUCGGCUACUUUGAGCCCAAUACUUGGCUGUUUUGAGAGGAAACGAAACUUUCCACAUUUUCAAUGUCCCGCUCACUAAUUUCACUUAAACCCUGCAACUUGCAAUCUUAGUGACAGCCUUGUGCAUCUAACCUUUACAUCAUCAGUUUAUGAAAAUGAUUUGUUAUUUGGAUUUUGUUGUUAAAUUUGACUGUAAACACUUCUGGGAGUGAAAGGGCUAAAUCAAGAAACCAUCAAUGUUAUACAUGUAUUAGGCUUUCAGUCUUUUUAUUUCUUAUCUAAAAUUGUUUAAGCUUUUAAUUUGAAUUAUGCUAAAUUAUACUAAAUAUUUUCAUUUUGGAAGAGACCAUUUUGACCCACCUUUACAUUAAUUUGUGUGUUAGAGUUGCUGUUUUUUAUCAAAAUUUAACUUCAUCAGUUUUCUUGUACACCCUGUACCUUACAUGUAAAUGCUAAUAAUUAUUUUAAACUAUAAAUCAUCUUAAUUUGGUAUAAUACUAAGUUAAGAUGAUUUUUUUGGAUAUUUUGAGAAGACUGUUUUGACCCAUUUGAAAAGUUUAUGUACACUGUAUCUUCUUAUUUAAACCUUACGUGUUGGAAAAAUUUUCGUUUUUUUUAAUUUUUAAUGUAAUGACAAAGAUGCUAACACAGAAAUAAAUCAUGUUAUAUUUAGAAAAUUCAGUUUUAGAGUAUCAGUGUGUUUUGUUUUUUAAAACCUUGUAAUAUCACUCUUUGCGGGACUAAACUUAAAGAAUGCGAUUCGUAUUUGCAGCUUUUGCAGUUACAACAAUGUAGCAUACCUGGCGAUUUUCAUGGGAUUUGAAAUGUAA